AUGGCACCGCUAGUGGCGAGGCGCGGGACACUGACAGUGGACGGACUGAUAGUUUUUCAACAUAAAGGUCUUCGUGCUCCACAAAGAGAGUACGAUGGAGAUCAGGACGACAAUGACCCAGUCAGCAGCAUUAAAAAAUUGCUGGAAUUGGAGGAGGACGAGGCAGCAGUAGCAGUUUUUAUAUGCGGUGAUCGGAGCACAGGCAAGUCGAAAGCUGGAGAUAAAGUGUAUUCGAUGCUUGAAAAUGAGCUCAAAAACAAGAAAUGGAAGCAAUUGAAAAUAGAAAUAUCUGGGAUGGACAGUGCGAAAGAAGGCUCCAUAUCAAAUACAGACAUUGUUCCUGGUCUGCGAUCGCAAAUUUUACAGAAUCUGGGAUUAAAAUAUAUUUCACCAGACAUUGAAAACGAUGGAGAUUGGAAGAAGCAGCUGCAUAAGGCUUUUAAUGUCUUAGAUGAAAAACAUGCUAUCGAGAAUGUAUUCAUGUACAUUGAAAAUAUCCCCAGUGCUGAAAUCCUUGGUAAACUUUUGCCAAAGAGGAACUACGGACUGAAUCGCAUCAGACUUCUGGUUACGACUCGCGAGAAGGAUGUAAUAUCUGCUACGGAGGGCACCAAUUUUAAAAGACAUCUGUAUGCUAUGAAAGGUUUGGGUUACAAGCAAGCUUUGGAAUUCUUCAAGAAAAAGCUUUCGUUGAGUAACAUUAACAAACCUCUUGUAUGGAACAUUAUAAAGAUUUGUAAGGGCUAUAAGCUUCAAAUGAAAAUUGUUCGGGACCAUUUGGUUAAGUAUUACAAAGACGAGGAAGCAUUUAGCAGAUUGUUAGAAUGGAUUGAAACAGAGAAGCCUAGUUUCGAAGUACUGAGUGAGUACUUGGGGUGCGAAGGAAAAUUCCUCCGUCAGUCUAUAACCACCCAAGAUGCACUUCUGGACAUUUGUUCAUUUUUCAAUAACAGGGAGUGGGAUCAUGUGGCCUGCAUAUUUGAAAUCGAUGUACUGGAAAAGUUGAAAGAGUUGGAGCUAGUGAAAAGAGAAUCAACUAAAGUAGUUGUCCCUGCUACAGUCAUGCCGUACUGUCUCUCUCUUGCAAAAGGAGUUCGAACAACUACUGCCGCUGAGCUCCAUGCUUUGCUGGCAAAAAAUAAGCUUCACGCAAUAAAAGGAAUCUGGCUUUUAGAAAACAAGUUCCCAUUCCCUAUUUCUGCACAACAGCUGGAUGACAUGCCGAAUCUAAGAGUUCUUGGUUUAGGAGACUGUACAAUUGUGGAUGGUGAAUGUAAAAGAAAUUUCAAGCAUCUUCGAUAUUUUCAAGCUGGAAGAAUUCAACAACUGCCCUUCGAUAUCGCUCACAUGGAGCACCUAACCUAUUUGGAUAACAAUUCCAACAACUACAUGGGGGAGACCACAAAAAAUGUUCCAACAACUCUCAGGAUGGUGAAGUCAACGGCAUUAAAUUUGGAGCAUUACAGUGAUUUAAAUAAUCUUCCCAAAGAAUGCAAGCUUAUAGAGUUGAAUCUAGAAGGCAAUGAUAUGGAAAAUCUAUCACUGAGCUCUGCCGAAUUGCAUGCUGUGGAGAAAAUAGUUAUAAGGAAGUGUAGCAAAUUACUAAAUUUGCCUAAAAGUUUUGGAAAUCUCAAAUGUUUGAAGAGAUUGGAUCUAAGCCACUGUGAAGAACUGACAGAGUUGCCAUCGAAUUUUGGAUGGAUAAGCAACCUGGAGAAAGUUAACUUGUCCUUCUGCAGGAGGCUAAAACAUCUUCCCGAUAGUAUGAAUUUGCUGACCUGCGUGAAUGAAAUUGAUUUGUCAUAUUGCAGGAGCAUUGAAAAGCUUCCUAAGCGCUUUUCUGAACUUUCCACAUUGCGGGUGUUGAAUUUAAGAUCGUGUACUCAUUUGUUGGAGCUGCCUGAAGAGUACCAAGGAUUAGCUCUUGAGAAGCUUAAUGUUGAGUCAUGCAAGCGACUAAAAGAUCUUCCAAAAAAUGUAGGACAAAACCCUUUGAUGCAGAAGACUGUGUCCUUGAGUUGGUGCUCCACAAUAGCAGAAAUACCAGAAGGAUUCAUCAGGCACAUCAAAACUCAUGUGGAAGAGCUUAUUUUAAUGGAUUGCAUCGGCCUGAUCUCGCUACCAGAUAAUAUUUUCAUGGAACUGUCUGUUCUAAAAAGCCUUAACUUGAGCGGUUGUAGAAGCCUUCUAGGCCUGCCAAAGCAAAUGCACAAACUCCAGCAUCUAGAAAAGUUAAAUCUGAGUUCAUGUGACAAAUUGGAUGAGGCAUCUAUUCGACUGAGCCGGCUCCCAGCGUUAAAAGAAUUGAUUAUUUUGAACUGUAAAGUACUGAAAGGAAACUGGUUAAGAAGUCUUAGUAAUAUACAGAGCCUGACAUUCGUGGACAUUUAUGACAGCCCAAAUCUGCAGAAUACAUGGAAUCAAAUGAAGAUUGAGAACAAAGUUUUUCACUUCACAGCUUCAACAGGAGGGCCUCGUAUCGUGCCUUUUUCUUUACCUCCUUCUACGUCUCACAAGUUGCGGAUUGACAAGGAGAUAGAGCGGGGAACCUUGGAUUUCUUCAACAACAAAUGGCAUUUUAUGGAUGUCAGUGGAGGAGUUUUCUAUCCAUCUGAUCUUGAGGUAGGGAGUACUGUAGUUAUUAUAUUUGACAAGAAUUAUCAGGAGGAAGACCGGCAAGCGCUGAUCAGAAUACUAGCUGAUCUCCAAGCAACAUCCAAUAGCAUGCAGGUAAUUUAUAUUGGCAAAUUUUGUAGUUCACUGGCAACGGAACUGGUCGGAAAGUAUCGUUUUUGCAGUGGUGAUAACUAUGAAGCUGAAGUGUUCUUUGAAAAGCUUUUGGGCAUGGAUCAGUCUUUCGAUCAUGUUAUGAUCUCUAGUGAAGUUAAGGGCAAUGGAGAAUUGAAAUCCUUUUCAGACUUGACAAGCAUAACAAAAGACAGUUUAAAGGCCAUGACCAGGGAUGUCCCAGAAACACAGUACCUCCAUUUGAAGGAACUUUCUGAGGGUAAUACCAAGGAUAAUGAGAAGUCCAAUACAAAAUUGCUUCAAGCUUUGUUGCUCACAAAGGAAAUUAACUUCCUGAUCACUAGCACGGCUCAGGUGGAAAUCAAAGACCUUGAGGGGAAAUUCGUUUUUCUCUUACUGUCAUGGCCUCACAACAUUGAAGUAGAAUCCAAGGCUUUCAAUGAGGUUUAUGACAAGCUCAAGAAAAUGUUGGAGGACAAAGAAAUUGAAAACUGUAUCGACCUUAAGGGAGAACCGAUGACUUUCAGUGAAGUGUAUGACAAGCACAAGAAAAAGGAGGACAAACCUAUCAAAAGUCGUAUCGACUUUGAGGUGGUAUGGAUUCCAAUAAUAAUACAUGGUAGAGGCACACGAGCUAGUCAUUUAGACGGGAUUAAGAAACUCAAGUGGCCAUCGAUUGCAGAUCCUUGGUCCAUCAAUCCCUUAGCAAUGCUUUAUUUCCGAAGGCAUCCUUGCUUCUAUAAAUUGCCAUUGCUCAUUGGUGUGCCUCCGAAGGGAAAGCUCCAUUCGGAAAAUCUUAUUCCAAACACAGACGACAAAGAGAGAGAAAUAUGUAAGAAGUGGGUGACAAAGGCAGUGCAAGGAAGGGAAAUGAUGAUGGCGAAGAUGGAAAGAGAGAUAACAAACAUGAGGGUGACAGAGACAACAAAUGUGCUAUUCAAAUUUAUGGAGGAAUGGGAUAAGAAAAAUAGCAGAGAGGAAAAGGAAAAAUCAAAGUCCACAUAAGCUUGCACAACAUAGAAAACAUAUUACCUUUUACAUUAAAAAUGAACAACCUCUCUAGUUAGUUAUGCAUUCUCUAGAUAAAUGAUCUUUCUUAAAAAGAUUAUAAUGAUGAGGUUUCUUAUAAUGCAAAUAUAUUUUGUGAUGUUUUGUUGAUUUACAACUAAUCAAAUAGUAAACACAUCCUAGAUAGUGGUCCAAAUAAAGUCCACUUUUGAAAAUGUGUAUAAAAUUGAAUAUGCCUUUUAUUUCA